CGGAUCCCGGCAAUUUUUAUACUACUCGGUCCAGUACCACCCAGCCCGGCGUCCAGUCCGACCCCUCGCGAUCCCCAUCGAGUUCCUGGCGCGCGAUAGGAUGGUUUCAACGCUUCUUGCGCUGCUGCUUCCGUGAGUCCUAAGCGACGCCGGCGGCGGCUCGAUUCGAUCGCCGAUGGCAUUGAAGCUCCAGCUGCUGGCGGUGGUGGUGGCCGUCGCGGCGAGCUGCCGGCCGGGCCUCGCGGACCCCGCGGUGAGCGCGCUGCCGGGGCUCCCGGUCGCCGGGCUCGCCGCCGGGUUCUACAACGAGUCGUGCCCGGAGGUGGAGGAUCUGGUGCUCGCCGAGAUGCGCGCCAUCGUCGAGAAGGACCGGACCCUCGGGCCGGCGAUGCUGCGGUUCAUGUUCCACGACUGCCUCGUCAGGGGCUGCGACGCGUCCAUCAUGCUCAAAUCGCGGAGCAACAAGGGGGAGCAGGACGCCAUCGCGAGCUACAGCCUCCGCGGCUACGACGUGGUCGAGCAGAUCAAGGCCACGGUAGAGGCGGCGUGCCCGCUCACCGUGUCGUGCGCGGACAUCAUCGCCUUGGCCGCCCGGGAUGCCGUGUACCUGAGCAACGGGCCGCGCUACGCCGUCGAGACCGGCCGCCGGGACGGCAAGGUUUCGGCCAAGUUCGACGCCGACAACGACCUCCCGCCCCCCUUCUCCAACAUCGUCGACCUCAAGACCUACUUCAGCGUCAAGGGCUUGGGCUGGAAGGACCUCGUCGUCCUAUCAGGGAGCCACACGAUCGGCAGCGCGGAGUGCUCGACGUUCGCGUCGGACCGGCUCUACAACUUCAGCGGGAAGGGGGUGCAGGACCCGUCGCUGGACAAGGCGUACGCGGCGUUCCUGCGGGAGGCGUGCGAGCCCGGCCUCCAGAACGACACGACCACGGUGGCGAUGGACCCGUCCACCCCCUACGAGUUCGACCUGAGCUACUACCGCCACGUGCUCGGCGACACGGGGCUCCUCCUCUCCGACCAGGCGCUCAUGGACGACCGGUGGACCAGGGAGUACGUGGAGCGGAUGGCCGCCGCGGCGUCGCCCGACGAGUUCUUCGCCGACUACGCGGUCGCCAUGACCAACAUGGGCCGGCUCGAGGUGCUCACCGGCGACAGCGGGGAGAUCAGGGAGACCUGCGCCGCGUACGUUGACUAGAAGCGAAGCGAAGGGGAUAGGCUAGCUAAGGCUAGAGCGGCCGGCGAUUGUGGUUGGUUGGUGGAUCCGAUCGCCACGUGGCGGCGGCAGCGUGGGAGCCAACCAGGAUGCACUUGCCGUAUCCUAUUUGGGGGCGGUUGGAGGAUUGACUUCGCCGUGAGGCUGGAUUGGAUGCAUUAUUCUUUGCUGCCGAAAAAGAAGUUCAAUUGUACUAGCUAGGAUGUAAGGAAAAAAGCCACCUGUUUUGUUCUUCAACUUGAUCCUCCAUUGUUUGGUGAGGUGUUUGAAACUUGUUCUCGUUCGCACGAUGACCAAUUGGCCACUGACCAGGUAAUAUGACAGUUUUUUUUUUU